CGCGAGCCACCCCCGGGCCAUAGUGACCCCCCGGGCCAUAGAGACUCCCGGGCCAUCAGUGACCCCCGGGCCGGGAGCCACCCCGGGCCAUAGUGACCCUCAGAGCCAUGAGUGAGCCCCGGGCCGUGAGCGACCCCAGGGGCCCGCUGCCGCGGGGAACGGCCCAGAAAGCCUCAGCCCGGCUGCUUCGGAGAGCGAGGGAAAGCGUAAGCUGGGGUGGAGAGGGAUUCGACGGUGGCGGGCUCUGCUGUCCCCUCCCCUCGAAGCCUUCUUGGCGCUGCCCGGCCCCGCCAUCCCGCGCCGGGAGGCCCGUGCGUUUCUCGGGAUGCGAUCGAUGUUGGUCGGAAGCUACAGCGCCGUGUCAUUGUCCCAGCAGGUCCAGGGCACCGGCGGCAGCAGCGCCGUCAGCAAGUGCUCGGCGGCAGCGCGGGGCUAUAUCCAGGACCGGUUCCUGCGGCUUCUGGCGGGGCGGCGGCGGCGGCGAGCGCCGCUUAUCCACCGGGGUUAUUACAUCCGUGCCCGUGCUGUAGAUCACUGUGUUCAUGACUUCCUGCUGAAGACACAAAGCUUACCCAGGACACAGAUCCUAUCUUUAGGUGCUGGCUUUGAUUCCUUAUACUUCCGUUUGAAGGACAUAGGUCUUCUGCAUCACACUGUGGUAUAUGAGGUAGAUUUCCCAAAUGUGGCAUGCCAAAAAGCUGCUCUGAUCAAAGGAAUGAAAGAGUUGUCAACACUGGUGGGAGACACUGGAGGGGAAGGAUUAGGAGCCAUUACCUUUUCCGCAGUGGAUUAUAAAUUACUGGGAGUGGAUUUAUCAGAGCUGUCUGAGCUGGAGAGAACCCUGGAGGAAGCAGGACUGAACAAGGAAAUCCCCACCCUCUUCAUUGCAGAGGUGGUGCUCACCUACAUGGAGAACACCAGGUCAGAUGCCUUGAUUCAGUGGGCAGCAGAGCAUUUCCCUCAGGCAUGCUUCCUGGUGUAUGAGCAGGUACACCCAGAGGACCCCUUUGGACAUGUCAUGCAGCAGCAUUUCAGCCAGCUGAACACAGCACUGCACUCACUGGCACAGUACCCUGACUGUGAGGCACAGCAGAGGCGCUUUCUGGGGAAGGGCUGGACUGAGUGCAGUGUCAUGGAUAUGAAUGAGUUUUUCUCCUGUUGUAUUCCAGAAGAUGAGCAGCAAAGAGUGCAGACUCUGGAGCCUUUUGAUGAGUAUGAGGAAUGGCAUCUGAAAUGUUCUCAUUACUUUGUGUUGGCUGCAUCGAAGGGGAUGGAACCUUCCUGGACUCCGUUGUUACCCAGUGUGACAGCUCCUCGUCAUGCUGGUCCUGUUGGGAUGGCAGGGAGUGUCCCUGCAGCAGUAUGUGCAAGGCUCUCAGGAAUUCCUGGCCUGAGGCGUUACGGUCACCACUCUGUUCUUAUAAAACCCAACAUGAUCCUUACCACGGGAGGCUUUGGGGAGGAGGAUGGACAACACUGCCGCAUGAGAAAUUUCCAUGUGCUGAGUAAGCAUGCAGGCUACUGGGAAGCUGUCUGUGUGACACAGAAUAUUCCUGAUAAAAGAUGGGGUGAGAGGUUGUACCAUACUGUGUCUUGUCUCUCAGACACUCUGGCCCUUGUGGUAGGAGGACGAACAUCCCCAUCGAGCGCAGGCUUGGGAAUGUUGUGGCUGAAAUUCCCCAAAACCUGUAAUGCUGGCCCAGAUGAUGUUGGAGUGGAGCUUGUAAGUCUGCAGCCUGCUGCUGAAGCAGCAGCUUUGCGUUGGAGACACAGCACAACUGAAAUGACAUUCAAAGGUGAGCAGUACCUGUUUGUGUAUGGUGGCCGCUCUGCUCUGGAGCCUGUGCUUGGGGAUUGGUUUUUCCUGCACACUCCAGAGCUCUCCUACACUGUGAUUGCUGUUGAGGGUCCAGUCCCAGAAAGCCGCCACUCUCACAGUGCCUGCAGCUGGGAAGGAGGUGUGCUGAUUGCAGGAGGUCUGGGAGCAGCUGAGCAGCCCUUGGGUUCAGUUUUCCUUUUGAGGCAGCUUGAACAUGGCUUACAGUGGCAGACAAUAGAGACACACCCUCCUCUUGUCCCAAGGUAUUCACAUACUGCACAUGUGCAUGAAGGAAAGCUUCUGCUCGUUGGUGGAGUGUGGUUUCAUGCAUCCUCUGUGCCAGGUGUCACUGUCAUUGAUUUAAUGACUGGGCUCUGCUUGAACUAUGUGAUUGAUGUGGAGCACUUGGAGUGGCCAUUAAUGCUACAUAAUCAUAGCAGUGUCUUUCUGCCGAAUGAGAAGGAGCUGUUGGUCAUUGGCGGUGGUGGAAACUGCUUCUCCUUUGGGACACACUUGAACCCAGAACCUGUCUCGCUAAGCCUCAGCAGCAUCCUCAUCAGUCACUGAGUGGGACCAAGCAGGGCUGGCUGAACCAUGCUACUGCACUGUGGGGAGACAUCUAUUCACUCUAGGUCCAAAAGCAGCACAAUAUUUCCUCAAAGGCUUUGUAUCUAGAAUGCAUUUGUGAAGGUGGGAUCAGGAGGGACAGUUCCAGUAAGGAAUUCACACCUCUCUGGCUGUUGGUUUUUACGGCUCUUUGUGUUGCUGUAAAUAAAGUACCUCAGAAGCAGCUGGCAGCAGUAGUCCUUAAACGUGAAGAACAGUGUGGGUUGGAAGGCACUGUGAAGAUCAUCCUGUUCCACCUUCCUGCCAUAGGUAGGGAAACCUUCCACCAGGUUACUCCAAGACCCAUCCAGUCUGCUGGCCUUGGACACUUUCAUGGAUGAGGCAGCAGCAGCUUCUUGGGGCAACCUGUGCCAGGGCCUCACCAGCCUCACAGGGGAGAAUUUCUUCCCAAUAUCCAAUCUAAACCUACUCUGUCUCACUGAGAAGCUGUUCUCCCUUGUCCUGUCACUCCAGGCCCUUGUAAAUGGUCUCUUCAUCUUUCUUGUUGGCCCUCUUCAACUACUGCAAGGCCACAUUUAGGUCACUCCCAAAGCUGCUCUUCUCCAGGCUGAACAACCCCAGUUCUCCCAGUCUUUUCUCAUAUCAUAGAGGUGCUCCAUCCUUUUGAUCAUCUUGAGGUCUCCUCUGGAUUCUUUCCAGCAGCUCCACAUCCUUCCUGUGCUGGGACCCCAGAGCUGCAGGCAGCACUGCAGUGAGAUCUUACCAGAACAGGGCAGAAGUGAGAAAUCCCUGCCUCCCCUACUGCUCACACUGUGGGGUCAGCCCAGCACACAGGGCUAGGGCAUGUCCAGCCUCUUGUUCACCAGCAUCCCCAAGUUCUUGGCCAGGGCUGUUCUUGCUCUCUUUAUCCCCCAGCCUGGUUUGAUAUUGGGAGUUGUCCUGAUGACAUGGGAGAUGUCCCACAUGCAGCAGCAGCACUUGGUCUUGUUAAACCUCAUGAGAUUCCCAAGGCCCUCUUCUUGAGCUUGUCUAGGUCCCUCUGGAUGUCAUUUGGCCAGGGUGUGGAGCUGCUAGAAUGAGUCCAGAGGAGGCAACAGAGAUGCUCAAAGGCUGGAGCCUGUCUGUUCUGGAGACAGGCUGAGAGAGCAGGAAGUGUUCAGCUUGGGGAGAAGGUUCCAGGGUGAUCUUAGAGCCUUUGACUUCAAGAGAGCUGGAAACAGACUUUAGACAAGGGCCUGGCACUCCAGGACAAGGGGGAAUGGCUUCCCUCUGCCAGAGGGCAGGGAUAGAUGGGAUAUUGGGAAGGAAUUAUUCCCUGUGAGGGUGGUGAGGCCCUACACAGGUUUCCCAGAGAAGCUGUGGCUGCCCUUCGCGUGGAAGUGUUCAUGACAAGGUUGGAUGGGGCUUGGAGCAACCUGGUCUAGUGGAAGGUGUAUGGCACCUUGCCCAUGGCAGGGUGGUGGGAUUUGAUGAUCAUUAAGGUCACUUCCAACCCAAACCAGUCUGUGACUCCAUGAUGAGUGUCUGACAGACUGCACAUCAGUUGUUGGGUGCAGAGAAAUUGUUAACCUUUACUUUGUUUGGUUUUCUUCUCUGUUUCUUUCCUCUCAUCCAAUAUUUUUGGAAUUUGUUUCUAUUUAUUAAAUUAUCUCACCUUAUAAGUUUCUCACCUUUUUUUCCUUACUGAAUUGCCAGCUGGGGUUAAAGCACAAGGCCCUUCCCCAGCUCCAUUGCCCUUCUCUGGAUACACUUCAGCAACCUCAGUGUCUUUAUUGUUGUGUGGGGCACAAAACUGAAUAUGGGAUUUGAGGUCCACCUCACCAGAGCCCAGCACAAGGGCAUGAUCUCUUCCAUUGUGUCAUGGAGGCUCAUGAAAUUGAGACAAGUCAUCUAUUCAAAAGAGAUCUAUUUUAUGAAGCAGUUAACUUCCUCCUGCUCCCAGCAAUUACAGGUCCAAUGAAAACAGAUUUAUGAUAUCAAAUGAAAUUGUUAUGACUUGACUGACUUAAAAAAUCCUGAAGGUUUCAGCAGGGCAACAUGGAAUGCCCGGUCAUUGUGCCCAAGGCAGUGAGGGCUCUCCCUUGGGCUCCUGGGUGUCACAAAGGGAUUUCUGACUGCCCCGUGCUGUCACAAAGAGGGUUCUGGCUGCCCCGUGAUGUCACACAGGGGACUCUGCCAGGCUGCCAGGCUAUAAAAGGGGCGCCCCAGGAGCAGACAGUGCUGGGCACAGCAAUCUGGCCGUGUCUCUUGGCAGACAGCAGCCUCAGCCUCCCACCAGGGUGGGGCUGGAUUUCCAUCACUGGGGCCCCACAGGUCACUGGGGAG